UUUAACUAAGAUGUUUAGCUCUUUGAACUGACACAUAGAAUCUGGCGCCCUCUAUACAGACGCCAAACAAACGCCGGUCAUUUUGCCGCCCGCCAUAAUAAUUUCUUUGGCUUUGGCGUUAACGUUUGCUGUAAACAACUUAUUUCGCCUUUUUAGAUCUAACACAAAUUACUAAAAUGUCUGAUGACGGAUCCACAGUUGUAGAGAAGAAAGGUCGCGGAAGGCCAAAAGCCAAUGGAACACAAUCGGAGGCGAAAGCUGACACAAAAAAAAGAGGCAGACCCGCUGCUCCUGCAAAGACGAAAGAGUCUGCGAAAUCCUCUGAUGAUGAGCAGGCACCAGUAGCGAAGAGAGGCCGAGGCAGGCCUAAGGGAUCCAAAAAAAAGUCUUCAGCUAAAGCUAAGAGUGCACCAGUUGAAGGCCGUGGACGCGGGCGGCCGCGCAAGGAUGCCCCCCCACCUAAGAAAGACGCGGGCUCCACUGAAGAAGAACAAGAUGAGGAUGAGGAAGAAGAAGGCUCCGACCAGUAACUUGCGUUUGUUUUGUAAAACAACACACACUCACUUUAGUGUAAUUUGUUUGUCACGAUAACUCUGUUGUUUUUCUUUACGGUAUUACAUUGGUUUUUUUUAAGGAACAAACUCUGUAAAUUACAAUUCAUCAGCAGUUUAUACUUAACUAUAGGGUUAUCUUGACAGUACAAAAUUCUCAGGUCUAUCCAAACUUUAAUCAUGUGAGGCGAGUGGAAGCUUAUGGGAAGUUCCAAGUUUGAACUGCAUUUACUUUGAAUAUUUUGUUAUAAUACUUGCAUGAGUAAAUGUUGGGCUGACGUAGCUCUCCUUAGACACGUACAACUAUAAGGUAUAAUUUGUAAGAACUUUUUUGUAGAUUUAUUCUAUUCUAAUAGGUAACUUGUAAUCUCUUGAUUUAUAUAAGAAAAAAUGACUUAAAACAUUUUUUUAGAUUAAGAAUUUGACAUCAAAGUCGAGUAUUAUUUUCUAUAAUAAAUAUUUUUCAUUUCAACUUUUUAUUUUAUGAUUUUUCCCAUUGGAAAUUCAUAACACAUGCUAUAUAAUGUAUUGGCAGUUAUUAUUAUUUUUUACAAGAGUUGUAAUGAAACGGUGUUCCGUAAAAUUAGUAUCAGUAGUAAUCAGUAUGGGUAGUGCCAUUUUGUAUUCAGAACUUGUUUUUUAUAUUUGGAGCUGACUGAAAAAUCAUUGUUUUUAAAAUGACAUUUACUGUGUGUAUGUGCGUGAAUGUACAAUUUUAGAGAAAUAUAAAUAAAUCUAUGAAAUAAUA